UGACAUUUUGUCUGCGCAACAGUGGCGACACUAUCCCGCGCAACAACAGUGUUCACGCUAUUUAUCCUCAGAAGUGAACUGUAUGAUCUUUUAAUGGAUUUUGAAGAAGUGUCAGUCGGUUCGCCCGCGUUAGAUAUGACUAUUGACCCGGAAAGGCAAAGAUUUCCUUUCUGCAUUGUCUGGACCCCAUUGCCUAUUUUGACAUACAUCAUGCCGUUUAUUGGACACAUGGGCAUUGCAACAUCGGUAGGAGUGAUAAGAGACUUUGCUGGUCCAUUUCAUGUCUCGGAAGAUAAUAUGGCUUUUGGAAAACCCACCAAAUAUUGGCAGUUGGAUUACACAAAGGCCAAAGGAGGCGUUCUGGGAUGGGAUGCUGCUGUGGCUGAAGCUAGCGAAAUUUAUAAAACUAGAAUGCAUAAUAUAUGUUGUGACAACUGUCAUUCACAUGUCGCAAAAGCAUUAAAUCUGAUGUCAUAUGACAACUCCACCAGCUGGAACAUGGUAAAACUUGCGUUUCUUCUUGUGUUUCAUGGAAAAUACGUAAGUGUUCUAGGAUUUCUUAAGACUUGGUUGCCAUUCUGCAUACUUGUCACGCUUGUACUUGUAUUAAGUCUGUGUAUAUAGUAAUAUCAUAAGUGAGAUAUGUAAAUCUCAAUUUUUUCAAAUUAUAUGUUUAACGCCAUGUCCAAGAUUUUUUAUGAGACUUUCUAUUCAUGUUAUAUGAGUUAUAAAAUUAGUUAUAAGAUAUUUAUAAAAUUGUUUUAAAUAUAUCUCAUUCACCUCUGCGGUUUAUCGGUAACCCGUGGGAAUGUAUUAAAACACAAAUUUUAUCUUACUCUUUUAGAUGUGUAACUGUAUAUAUUCGUCGAUAUAUGAAAAUUUAAGAAUAUCUAAGAUGUAGAGAUUAUUUAAAUUUAAAUAGAAUGGCACUUCUUCAUAUUACACAAUGUCUAUAAAAAAGAAUGUUGAAUUGGGCAAAAAAAAAUAUGUACAUAGUCAUGCCAUUUUUAACUUACUAUCUGUAAUAUAUGAAACAACUCAACUUUGUUAAUUUUUAUAUGUAUUUGUGUGUAAAUAAGGAUAUUGUUGCAAGAGCAUAAUAUAACAAUCUAAAUUUAUAUUUUUUCUUUUUUACUGUAUACAAUAAUAGUCUUUCACAUUAAAAAAAAUACAACACCUGAA